AUGCCUUCUCUGGCCUCACUACCCCUAGAGAUCCUCGGAGAAAUUGGAAGUCACUUGAACCAUCGGGACUUAAAGAACAGCUCGCUGAUCUGCAAAGCCGUUGAACCGGGGAUGCAGAUGCAACUUUUUCGGUACAUGUCGUUCAUUGGGACUAGAACACAAAUCACCGAAGUUCUUAUGCGAUUCCUGGCAAGUGUAAGCCAAACUCGUACCAAGGGUAUGAGCAGGUCAUGCCGCUACCUUCGGAUCGAGGUGCUACCACAGGAUACCGACCUCUUCGACGAGUGCAAGGACUUGCUGCCUGCCCUUUUGAUCUCGGCAAAGAAACAUCUCCCUCGAGCGACAAACCUGUCCCUUGCCCUCGAUGGGCUCUCGAGAGGAGAAGUUACCUCACUUAACCGAAUGGUGAAGGAGGUGCCAACUUGGGACGCGGUUACUGUCCUCAGAUCAGACCUGCGCGCCCCGGUUCUGUCUUUCUUGCUUAGAUACGUCCUGGUCAACGUUCGAACCGUUGAUGUUGUACCCAGCACGGCCCGACAUGAGUUAGCCUCUAUCAAGGAGAACUGCCCAGAUCUACGCAGACUACGUGUCAACUUCAAGACACCAUUUCCCGACUUCCUCAAGCACCUCAGGGGAGGAAUCCGGGUCAAGAUCAACCAGCUGGACAAUCUCGAGCAGCUGGUCGUGCAAGAGAGGGGGCCGGCGGAGAGAUGGCCCAUCGGCGGGAUACACCGACCGGUGGACAUCCCUCUCCGGCUGACCCUCAUUGCCGACCAGCUGGGAGGGUUAUCCAGUCUGAGGCGACUCUCUCUUGAGUUUCACCCCAGGAUCAUGACCUGGAUCCUCCCCACCCGACGCCUCAUUCCUGGAGACCGCUUGCGAACAGAUCUCGACACGUUUCUGAUGAGAGCGAUAGUGGCGAUGGCGGCGAGACUCACACAGGUGGAGGAGAUAUGCUUGGUGGAGCGCAGCGCUGAAUUCAAUGGUGUCAAUUUGGUUCACCGUGGUGUUCGCGACUCCAACGGUGGGAUGGUCGUCACCAUCGAGGCCCCCGGCGAUGAGCGUGACUGGUACCGUUGA